AUGAGGUUCGAGACUGUCCUUGUAGCCCUCCUUGCGAGGGAGGCUGCGGCUAGGUGUAAGUCGGUUUUCCCGUCUAACUACCCUGGUGCCGGCGCUUCAAGCUCGUCCUCAGGAGCGACUGGAUACCCCGGAGUUUCGGCUUCGUCGGGUGCUUCCUCGACGGGAUCCUCGUAUGGUGCUACCAGCACUUCCUCCAGCGGAUACCCGAAGGAGUCGUCGUCUUCUUCCGGCGUUGUCUCUAGCAGCUCCAGCUACUCCCUCUCGGAGUCCUCUUCCGUGCCUGCGUCGAGCACUAGCUCAAGCUACUCUUUCUCCGAGUCUUCCUCUGUACCCGCAUCUAGCAGCUCAGUAGACCCGUCGAGCAGCUCAAGUUACUCCUUCUCAGAGUCCUCUUCCGUACCAGCAUCAAGCACCAGUUCAAGCUACUCCUUCUCCGAGUCUUCUUCUGUGUCUGCGUCAAGCGCUAGCUCGAGCUACUCUUUCUCAGUGACAUCGUCCUCUUCGGUGCCUGCGUCUAGUUCUUCCAGCUUUUCUAUCACGGAAUCCUCGUCGGUACCUGCGUCUAGCUCUUCAAGCUUCUUUGUUACGUCGUCCUCGUCGGUGCCCGCAUCCAGCUCCUCCUCAAGCUUCUCUAUCACGGAGUCCUCGUCUUCCUCGCUCGUGCCAAGCUCUACCUCCUCGAGCUCUUCUUCCAGCUCUUCGGAAACUACUCCUUGCCCGACCCCGACCGACUUCGUUGUCGGAACCAGCUCUUGCGGCUGCUCUUACGAUGUUUUGGAUAACUUCAGCAUCCGUGGUAACUGGAUAUCUAUGCACGAUUCGGUCAGCUUCGAGGACUGUCUCAGUAGGUGUGAUGAUACAUCUCGCUGCGUCAGCUUCACUUUCAAGAACCGUAUCUGCACAACCUACGGUGCCCGUGUUAACGAGGGUGUUUUCUCUGUUGAAGACACCGACGCUAAGAGUGGUUCAUUGAUCGUCGCAACCUGCAGUGGUACUUGCUCCAACCCUGGUCCUGCUCCUGGUUAUGAGGCUCCUAUCGUCAAUGAUCCUUCCACUUGCCAAACAACCUUUGCCCAGAAGCCUCCUUCUUUCAUCUACACCACCCUGGAGACCGGUACUGUUACUCAGACCACUGUUGUAGUUGCUACCACCACUGAGGCGAUCACCGUUACGCCCACCUCGACUACCACUACUACAGUUUUUACUACAGUCACUAAUACCGAGACCGAUACUCAGGUCACGGACACCUACACCACGACCACGACCGAGUACACUACAUCCACGGAGAUCGAGACUACCACUGAUACUGCUACUGACACCACCACCAACACUAUCACCGUGUUGCCCACCACAACCACCGUUGCCACGCCUGCUGGUUUCACGCCUAUCAAGUCUGCCCUUCCUAACGUUGUGGCCCGUACUAUCAACCGUGUUCUUGCCGGCCGCACCGUUACUGCUGGCUGCCCAGUUGCUACCCCGGUCUUGAAUGCUGGAGAUAUCCAGACCUAUGCUUCCCAAGUCGCCUGUGGCACUACAACUUAUACCACAUCGACCUCGACCGCUUCCGUCUUGACCACCGUUCAGACCCUCACUGCUCCUGUUACCACUGUCACGGAUACCAGCACCAGCACCAUCACCACCGUUACCACCGAGGUUCCCAUCCCGGCCGAGACUACCGUCACUGCCGCUACUACGGAGACCAUCCAGACCACCUCAUACGUGCCUACCACGACAACGGUCACUGCCACCACCUCCACUACCCUCACCGUUGGUCCUACCCCCACCGCCUACGCCCAGUGUGCCAGCAACAACAUCGCCUCUACCCUCAACCGCCAGAGCAUCAACUACCUAUACGGCUCCCUCGUCGACGAAGGCACCAAGUCUUCUGCCACCGACUGCUGUGUUCUCUGCGCUACUACUGCUCACUGCGGCGGUUUCGGCUACAGCAGCACCGGCAAGUGCUACAUCGCCAAGGACUACGGCGUCUGCAAGGGCAGCAACCGUGUCGCGACCUUCGGCCGCAUUCCUCUGGUCAGCACCAACAUGGUGGUUGGCAACGGUGCCUGUGGCCAGGUCCGCAACUAA